CCGCAACCACACCGAGUCAGCAGUGAAGGGGCGGAGCUCCACCUCCAGGGGGACCUCACCGUAGAAAUCUAUGGACCUCACUAGCAAGAUGCUAGGAUGCCACCGAAGGCAACGUUCAGCGGGGUAUAAUGUAAAUUAAUCUGAAGGGAAUGAAGACACAUGUUCCCAAAUGUCUACCGCUUUACAGCUGAAGGGAGGGACACUGACAGGAACAUGCAAACAGUAUGUGGCACUGAGAUUGAGGCCUGAAUGCACAGUGGAUCUGGCGGCAGCAGCAGGAGGCAUCUAGCUUAGAUGAAGGAUGAAGAGCCCUGUGCACAGAUGCAGGGAUGUGGAGCAUGCGCGUGGGCAGGGCAGGGCCAGUACUGGGGCCAAUUACCUACAGGCUGAGCAGCGCAUCCCUAUCUCCAAAGAUGUCAUCACGUCCUCCUCUGCCUCCGCCAUGUGGUUCAUCAGGGACGUUUGUGGCAUUGUGUGUGCCAUGAUCACCUGGCUGCUGGUGUUGUACGCAGACUUUGUGGUACUGUUUGUGAUGCUGCUGCCCUCCAAAAAUCUGAUGUACAGCAUUGUGAAUGGGACCCUGUUCAACGUUCUGGCCUUCCUUGCCCUGUCCUCUCACCUCAGAGCCAUGUGCACUGAUCCCGGGGCGGUGCCAAAAGGGAACGCGACUAAGGAAUACAUAGAAAGCCUUCAGCUGAAACCAGGGCAGGUGGUCUACAAAUGUCCCAAGUGCUGCAGUAUCAAGCCUGACCGAGCACACCACUGCAGUGUUUGCAAACGCUGCAUACGCAAGAUGGACCACCACUGCCCCUGGGUCAAUAACUGUGUUGGGGAGAACAACCAAAAGUACUUUGUGCUUUUCACAAUGUACAUUGCACUCAUCUCUCUCCACGCUCUGCUCAUGGUGGUCUUCCAUUUCCUCUACUGUUUUGAAGAUGAUUGGACAAAGUGCAGUUCCUUCUCUCCUCCAGCAACAGUCAUCCUCCUUAUACUCCUGUGCUUUGAGGGUCUCCUCUUCCUCAUCUUCACCUGUGUGAUGUUUGGCACCCAAGUCCACUCCAUCUGUAACGACGAGACCGGCAUAGAGCAGUUGAAAAAGGAAGAGAGAAGAUGGGCUAAAAAAACUAAGUGGAUGAACAUGAGGGCGGUAUUUGGACACCCUUUCUCCUUAUUGUGGUUUAGUCCCUUCUCCACCCCUGACCACGGGAAGGCAGAGACCUACCAGUAUGUGGUGUGAGAGCUCAGUUCAGUGAACAAGGUGGCCGGGUCCAAACCAAAGUAGGUAAACCUGCCCAGUCCUAUAGAGCUCAGCUAUGGCAGUCUGCUCCGGAUGCUGAACAGGAUUUACAUUUCUAUCUUCCACACAUGGACAUCAUUCCAUCUGCUUAUUGUUUUGCCGUCUAAGUGCGCUAUACUUUUUUUUGUAUUUCACUGAGGGAGUUGAGAAAAAAGUCCUGGUUGAAAACACUGUGAUAAAUCUGUUGUUGUCUAAACUGAUUCUAUUGCACUUUAAUUACUUUUAAUAUAUUGUACUUUGUUUACUCUUGCUUUCUCUGUAAGUGUUAGUUCAGUUAAAAAAACAAACAAAAAAACAUGUUCUCACUUACCCCUAUUGAUGUUUGGCCCCGCUGCUAGUUUUAGGUGCUGCUCCAAUACAAUGAAAGAGGAUGGAAUCCAAUAUGGGGCUGCCGCUAACAAUUAUUUUCAUUAUUAAUUAAUCUGUAAACUGUCAGAAUAAAAGGUGGCCUUCACCUGUAGGACUAUGAAAUCCAUUUUUUGUUUUCUGGAUUCCUGUUUUAUUCUGAGUGUCAACAGACCCCCCAGAUUCAACGAACCCCCCAGACUUUUUGGGAAAGCUUUGGUAUAAAAUCCCUCCAAUAAGGACUGGCUCAGCUAAAAAUAAAAAAUGUAUAGCUCUGUAUACAUCUUAUUAUGCAGCAGUGAGAUAUGAGCUUGUCUGUAUUUGACUGCACUAUUCCAGUCACCUUCAAAGCAUUUAACAGUAUUUCAUCAUUCACAUUUAUACAAGUACUAAACUUUCUAUUUCGCGCUUUCCAUUUAUCAUUUUCUCCUGUGUGAACUGCUCUGUUCUAAAGUGUGCAUUUUAUUCUUCUAUUCUUUGUUUAUAUGAUAUUUUAUCUAUCCGUUAUCUGAAUGCAUGGUACUGGUGAAGGUUAAUUUAGUGAUGUAUGUAAAACACUGCUGGAAAGAUGAUGCCAUGUCACAAUUCUCUAAAUACACAUCUCAGUACGAUUUUUAAGCUCACAAAUUGAUUCAAUUUCUGAUUCAAAUGUGUAAAGACUAUAAAGUCUUGAUUUGUUUUCAUCCACAGAGUAAUGGUUUUAUGCACUGACAGCUGUCAUUAACAUUGUCAUUUUUGUCUUUAAAAAGAUACAAUGUGUCAAGUGUGAUGCAACUGUCAUCUAUUUUUUUCCAUAAUGUACAGUUAGGCCAAUUUGAUACAAUUUUCAAAUUUGAAUGCGAUAAAAAGUCAUGUUGAUUUGUUUUCAAAUGCUUUCUGGUGCGGACAACUCCUCUUGAGGACAGGGUGAGCUUGCAACAGAGGUCACAUUAGCUGUCCCAUCAAUUUUAACACAUACUGAAGGCCAAAGUGUACUACUAAAUGUAUUUUACGCUGUUACAGGUUCAGCCAAACCUUAUGAUGAAUGAGUGAGCUCUGAAUAUAACAGGAUGCAUUCACCAUUUUGACUAUUUAACUUAUUUGCUUCUUCUUCUGCAGUUUAUUUUCAAUUUUUAAAGUGCAUGUGAGUCAUUUUGUCAAGUAUUUACAACCCCAAUUCAAAAAAGGUUGGGAGCUAUUUAAAACAUAAAGGUUGGGACAGGGGCAUGAUUACCACUGUUACAUCACUUUCUUUUAACCACACUGAGUAAGCUUUUAGGAACAGAGGACAAUAAAGUGCUUGCUAUACGACUUCAGUUGCUCAACAGUCCGGUGUGCACUUCAUAAUGCUCCAAACUGUUUUACUGGGAAAUCAGACUAGACUGCAGGCAGGCCAGUCUAGUAAUCACAGUAUUUUCCAUUGAAGCCAUACUGUUGUAACGUGCAGUAUGUUUCUUGGCAUUGUCUUGCUGAAAAAAGACUGGAUGGCAGCAUUUGUUGCUUCAAGACAUGUAUGUGCCUUUCAGCAUUAAUGGGCCUUCACAGAUGUCAUGGCCUCUAACACACCCACAUCAAAAUUGUGCUUUUUUAGGUGCUUAUCGUCAGUUAUCAAUGCAGUGCAGGGUUCCUGCCCUACCCCUUGCAUGCAGAGAUUUCUCUGAAAUUCUUAAAUUUAUUAUAAGUGUGCGUUAAGAAAUGCUAAUACUGUUGUAUAAUAGGCCCAGAAGGUGGUGAACCACACCCCAUCCUUGAACAUUUUGAGGAAGCCCUUUUUAAACCCAAAAAUGAUACUAUCACUUUCCCUGUCUUCUGUUGCCUCUGUCCCAACUUUUUAUUUUUAUUUGUUGCUGGCAUCAAAUCAGAAAAAGCAUAUAUUUACAAAAAUGAAGUUGAUGAGGUAGAACUUUUAUUAUCUUUGUACAAUUUUUAAUUGAUAUGUCAGGAAGGAUUAUCAGAUUAUUACAUUCUGUUUCAUUUAAAUUCUAUACCACAUAGGGCUGGGCGAUAUAUCGAUAUACAUUUUAAAUAUUUUAUUUAAGAUAUAUUUUUAUUUAAAUGUGGACUUUAUGGAGCUUUGAUUUAAAAAAAAAAAAUGGUUCUCCUGUUGUUAUACAGUAUUUAUGUUUACUUAAAUGAUUUCAAUAAAAGUAAAUGUGACAUCAUCAUAUUCAUAUUUGGCUUUGACUGAACAUUUGCUCUCACUUUGCGAUAUCGGGAUAUAUAUCAUAUAUCGAUAUUAAGCCUAAAUAUAUCGGAAUAUGACUUUUGGUCCAUAUUGCCCAGCCCUAACACCACAUCCCAUUUUUUCAAAUCAGGAUUGUAUUGAUGAUAAGCAUCUUGAACAUCAUGGUAGUGUCAAAAGUUUUGCUCUAUUGAAGUAGUUGUUACAAUCAGGCCUACAUUUUGUGUUCUCAGGUGAAAUCUCUGGUGUGUUUCUUGGGUUAUGC